AUGACACCCACCGAACCACCGAAAAAGAACCCCCAAUCGCGAACCACCGACUCCCUCACCUUCGAAAAAAAGAACCAAGACAUGAUCAAACUGCCUAAAUACGCGCGCGUUCAAAAACGCCCCAUCCCGCACGCCCCCAUCGCAUCCCCCUACGCCGGCCCCACCGUGCCCAAGACCGUCUACGUAUCGACAAAAUCCCCAUUCAUGAGCGCCGUGAAGCGCGUGCAGAAGCUCCUGCGCCAGGCCGAGAAGCGGGCCACCGCGUCCGUGGACCUCUCGGACCGCAAGGCGCGCGAUCGGCAGCGUCUCGGCGACAUCGCGCGCAGCGGGGAGCAGCUCUGUCGCGAGGAGGUGUUCGUGAAGGCGACGGGGCGGGCGAUGGAGAAGGCGCUGAGUGUGGGGAGGUGGUUUGAGGAGCGGGCGGACGAGUAUAGCGUCAGGGUGAAGACGGGGAGUGUGUUGGUUGUGGAUGAUGUGGUUGAGGAUGAGGAGGCGAGGAAGGAGGUUGAGGAGGGGGCUGUGGUGAAGGAGCAAGAGCAAGGGGAGGAGAAGGGCGCAGGAGAUGAGGAGGGGACGGCGAAAUCGCGGUCGAAGACUGCGGCGAAGAAACGGAAGCGCGCGGCGAAUGCGGCGGCGAAGUUGGGCGAGGAGGAGUUGCCGGAGACGAGGACUCGAUGGGUAAAUAUGGUUGAGGUCGCGGUGGCUCUGAAAUGAAGGAAAGGAAGGCGAAUCGCAGGGUGAUAUCAAUUCGGAUCUAUGAUCUUAUGAUAUUCGCAUCGGGCUUUGCGAUAUGGAACAUCCACCUGAUACACUGCACUGCUGCUGCGCUAAUUCCUCGACACGGUCCUUUCUAUGGGGC